GUUCACGUGAUGAGCUCCAAACCGUUAGCACUUACCGGUGGAAGUGGUUCUAGUCAGUUGCAGGAUGAUCAGGUUCUUGUCGAUGCUCUUCCUUACCUUGACACAGAGUACAACGAGGCGGAUCGACAGCUCGCAAUGAAACUUGUGGAGCAUGAGUGCAAGACAUUCCGUCCAACGAAAAAUUACUUGACACAUCUUCCAGUGCCCGACUAUGAUGCUUUUCUCACAAAGUGUAUGCUCAAAGAAAUGGAUCGAAUGAAAAAGAAAGAAGAGAUGGGAAAGUUGGAUAUGAGUCGUUGUGAACUUCCUGCUCCAUCUGCUGUUAAGGGAGUUGAUAGAAAACUUUGGGCGAAGGUUCUUCGCAAUGCAAAAGCUCAAAAUGAGCAUCUUCUGAUGCGCCAGAUCAAUCUGGAACUUAUGGAUGAAUACGCUGCUGAGAGUUAUCUUCAGAGAAACAAAGUUAUGGAAGAUCUUCUAACACAUGCCGAGAAAGAACUCCGAAAAACGAAAGAAGCCGUCAUGGAAGUUCAUGCGAAUCGAAAAAUGGCACAGUUGAAGGCAGGAGAAAAAGUAAAACAAUUGGAACAGUCAUGGGUCAGCAUGGUUACCAAUAAUUAUAGAAUGGAAAUGGAAAAUCGACAAAUCGACAGUGAUAACAGAAAACAAAUCAAGGCGCUCAAAUUGGAUCCGACAAAGUUAGAUGACAAAGAGGAUCAGGAGAACUGAUUUUGGAUUUGGCUCUAUUUAAAAAAUGUUUUAUACACACUUCAAAUCGAUACUCUUUUCACUUUCUCCACUUGUCCCUGUUAUUGCCCCUUAUUAUUUUUGCAUAUUUGUUUAACAUAUUUUUAUUCGUGAAACAAAAUAAAACAAUGGGAAAUUUC